AUGCGUUCCACCAUCCAGUGGUGCCGCUCAGGAUAUUCACAGUUUGUAAGCACCCGUUCCUAUGCUUCCGCUAGCAGACGCAGUGUCCUCCGUCAGGAUGUAUCCCGCUUGCCGGUACAUCAGUUCCCGAUCGCCAAAGCAACCGACACGCGUGUGUAUGUGUGGGGUUUGGCUGCAACCGGAGCGCUCGGAAUUCAAACAUCCGUGAAGAAGCAGGCCCAAGUGUUUACCGAUUUCGUGCAGCAUCCAAGCAGGCUUAGUUUCGCCGAAGGACACAGCGUAUCGGAUGUUGCAGCAGGGUACGGAUUUACGGUGUAUGUGGUCAACGGUGAACGGAACGAAACGCAACUAUGGGGCACCGGCAUCAAUACCGAUGGGCAGCUGGGCUAUCAAAAAGCACCCGGACCGCACAGUAAACCACUCGAGCUGCUUAUCUAUCCGGCACCGAUUGAUCUAAGUACUGCGAAGAUGCAACCACGCCAGCGUAUUGUACGUGUAGCCGCAGGACGAGCACAUGUGCUUGCGCUUACGGAGGACGGUGAAGUUCUGGCGAUGGGCAAUAAUGCAUAUGGACAGUGUGGUCGAAAAAUUCUCCCGGACGAAGAUUAUUUCCGCAAUCCGGUAGUAAACACCAUUCCGCUCGAGGAACCGGUACGAGCAAUCGAAUGUGGACAAGAUCACAGUUUAAUGCUGACGGAAACGGGUCGAGUGUUUUCGUGCGGUUGGAGUGAUGAUGGCCAGGCUGGACAGGGCAGAUACGGACUGAUCGACACACCCGGCCCAGCAGAAGGCGAUCUGAAAGGGGAACAGAUAGUAAAGAUUUCCAGCAGCUGUGAUACAAUAUUAGCCGUAAAUGCGAACGGAGAGCUGUUCGGAUGGGGUAAUUCGGAAUACGGACAGCUCGGGGAUGUAGCACAUGAUAAUCCGCAAAUCAAUACACCACGGUACCUGUCCUUCACCAAAGAGUGUGGCAAAAUUGUCGACAUUGCCGCCGGUGGCUCAUAUUGUUUUGUUUUAAAUGAGCACGGAGAUGUAUUUUCCUGGGGGUACGGUAUCCUUGGCUUCGGUCCGGAGGUGCAGCAUCGUCCCGCUCCUACACGCAUUCCACCCGCUCUCUUUGGUAGAAAUGAAUUCAAUCCAAAGGCGAAGGUGAUCGCGAUCGCGUGUGGAAUUACUCAUUGUGCGGCCAUCAACGAUCAGCACGAUCUGUAUAUGUGGGGCCACAAUCGGUACGCCUGUCUCGGGUUGGGUCACAAAAACGAUCAGUUCUUUCCGCUGAAGGUAGCUCUGAAUGCACGCGUCCAGAAGGUGACCUGCGGUGUGGAUCAUACCGUAACGCUUUGUAAGGCAUUUGUAUGAG